AUGUACACCAUGAAAGGACAUGCACGUUCACAGAGGCCAACCCUUGACGAUGCACAUAAGGGGAACAUCUCUGCCUUCAUGAACUCCUUGUACGCCAAUACUCAACAACCGGAAGCUGAAGCCAAGGUAGCUCAACAUUCUCAAGAUCAACAAGUGGUGGAGCAGUUGGUGGAGCAGUUGGUGGAGCAGCCUCCUCCCGAGUUUGUUGAACAAAAUGACAGCAUGCCAAUAUUUCCGAAUCUUGACACACUUGAUGAUGAAGAGUUGGUUGAUGAAGAUCUCAAUACGGAGAAAGCAACUGAGCGGACCAUCAUGCGCCGGUAUCUUGAAGCUAUCCAAAAACGGCUCAUCCAUGAGCUUUCAGACAAAUUUCCCAUAACUGGAGAAACGUGGCUCCUUGACAUUCUGAAAAGCAAUGACUGGUGGAUCCCUCAACACAAAUACAGUUUCAUCUGUAAGAAGCUUGCUAUCCAGUUCGAAAAGGAAGAAAAAGAAGCGGCAUACUUCAGAAAAGUUUAUGUUUGGCUGCCUGAUGUUAGAUGGGGUCCAACUUGCAUGCGGGCAUGUGGCAACUGUGGCUCAAACAAAUCUGUUGGGAAUAAUGGCUUCCGCAACAACCAUUUUGGGCGCAGAGCAGUUGCUCUAGAUCAUGACUACUACUGUGUUUCAAGAUGGUAUUGA